GCGUAGGAAGGGAAGAAAUCUAUUUAUUACUCUGCUAAAUUUCUAUCGUGAGUUUCUGCAACAUGGAAUAAAAGAAGAUGGGGUCGUGGAAAUUGUACGCUACUGAUCACGCUGCAAACGUCCUUCAAGACAGGCUCUUCUGAUUGCGAAGGUACUGACCGAUUGGAGAGAAAUGUCAGACAAGAUGUCCAGUUUUCUGCACAUUGGGGACAUUUGUUCCCUGUAUGCUGAAGGAUCAACAAAUGGGUUUAUCAGCACUUUAGGACUUGUGGAUGAUCGCUGUGUGGUACAGCCUGACACAGGGGACCUCAGCAACCCUCCCAAGAAGUUCAGAGACUGCCUCUUCAAGCUGUGCCCCAUGAACAGGUACUCUGCACAGAAACAGUUCUGGAAGGCGGCAAAACCGGGCGGUAACAGCACUACAGACACGGUACUCCUCAACAAACUGCACCAUGCUGCAGAUUUGGAAAAGAAGCAAAAUGAAUCUGAAAACCGAAAGCUGCUGGGAACGGUUAUACAGUAUGGAAAUGUCAUUCAGAUGCUGCAUCUGAAGAGCAAUAAGUACCUGACGGUGAACAAGCGUCUCCCCGCCCUGCUGGAGAAGAACGCCAUGCGGGUGAUGCUGGACGCUGCGGGUAACGAGGGCUCCUGGUUCUACAUCCAACCCUUUUACAAGCUCCGCUCCAUCGGCGACAGCGUGGUCAUUGGAGACAAAGUGGUCCUUAACCCUGUGAAUGCUGGCCAACCACUACAUGCCAGCAGCCAUCAGCUGGUGGACAACCCAGGAUGCAAUGAGGUGAACUCUGUGAACUGUAACACCAGUUGGAAGAUUGUCCUGUUCAUGAAAUGGAGUGACAACCAGGACAUAAUUUUGAAAGGGGGUGACGUGGUGAGGCUGUUCCAUGCUGAGCAGGAGAAGUUCCUGACUUGUGAUGACCACCGUAAGAAGCAGUACGUCUUCCUCCGGACGACCGGGCGCCAGUCUGCCACGUCGGCAACCAGCAGCAAGGCAUUGUGGGAGGUGGAGGUGGUCCAGCAUGACCCAUGCCGGGGUGGAGCCGGGUACUGGAACAGCCUGUUUCGUUUCAAACACCUGGCCACGGGACACUACCUAGCUGCCGAGGUGAACCCAGAUUAUGAGGAAGAGUGCCUUGAAUCCCGCUCCUCUCUGGACUCUGACCAGGAGGCCCUUCGAGCCCGUCUCCGCACCACCCAGGAGAAAGUCAUGUACACCCUGGUCUCUGUUCCUGAUGGCAACGACAUCUCCUCCAUCUUCGAGCUGGACCCUACCACUCUGAGAGGGGGUGAUUCACUCGUCCCCAGGAACUCUUAUGUGAGGCUAAGGCACCUGUGCACCAACACCUGGGUCCACAGCACCAACAACCCCAUCGACAAGGAGGAGGAGAAGCCUGUGAUGCUGAGGAUUGGAACAUCUGCUCUUAAAGAAGACAAAGAGGCCUUUGCCAUCGUGCCUGUAUCCCCUGCUGAGGUGAGGGACUUGGACUUCGCCAACGACGCCAGCAAAGUUCUUGCAUCCAUAGCAGGCAAGCUGGAGAAGGGCACCAUCACACAGAACGAGAGGAGGUUUGUCACCAAACUGCUGGAGGACCUGGUCUUCUUUGUGGUGGACAUCCCCAACAACGGGCAGGAUGUGCUGGAGAUCAUGGUCAACAAGCCCAACCGGGAGAGGCAGAAGCUGAUGAGGGAGCAGAACAUCCUCAAGCAGAUCUUCAAGCUGCUGCAGGCUCCAUUCACAGACGGUGGUGACGGCCCCAUGCUGCAAUUGGAGGAGCUGGCUGACCAGCGGCACGCCCCCUUCAGGCACAUCUGCCGCCUGUGCUAUCGGGUCCUGCGCCACUCGCAGCAGGACUACAGGAAGAACCAGGAGUACAUCGCCAAGCAGUUCCGCUUCAUGCAGAAGCAGAUCGGCUAUGACGUGCUGGCUGAGGACACCAUCACUGCCCUCCUGCACAACAACCGCAAGCUCCUGGAGAAGCACAUCACUGCCGCCGAGAUAGACACCUUCGUCAGCCUUGUGAGGAAGAACCGUGAGCCCAGGUUUCUGGACUAUCUCUCUGAUCUGUGCGUGUCCAUGAACAAGUCCAUCCCUGUCACCCAGGAGCUCAUCUGCAAUGCAGUGCUGGACCCAGCCAAUGGUGACAUCCUCAUCGAGACAAAGUUGGUACUGUCCCGGUUCGAGAUCGAGGGCGUUUCCAUCGGUGAGAGUCCGGUGGAGUCUGAGGAGGACGAGGAGGAGGUUUGGCUCUUCUGGAAGGACAGCAGCAAAGAAAUCCGUAGCAAGAGCAUCCGGGAGCUGGCCCAGGAUGCCAAAGAGGGGCAGAAGGAGGACCAGGAGGUGAUCAGCUACUACAGGUACCAGCUGAACCUGUUCGCCCGCAUGUGCCUGGACCGACAGUACCUGGCCAUCAACAAGAUCUCAGGCCAGCUGGACGUGGACCUCAUCCUGCGCUGCAUGUCAGACGAGGACCUGCCUUACGACUUGCGGGCGUCCUUCUGCCGCAUGAUGCUGCACAUGCACGUGGACCGAGACCCGCAGGAACAGGUCACGCCCGUCAAGUACGCCCGGCUGUGGUCCAUGAUCCCGUCGCAGAUCGCCAUCGACGAUUAUGACAAUGAUGGAACUACUAAAGAUGAAAUCAAAGAGCGGUUUGCGCUGACCAUGGAGUUUGUGGAAAAUUACCUGAGCGAUGUGGUCUGUCAGAACUUCCCUUUCUCUGAUAAGGAGAAAAACAAGCUCACCUUUGAGGUUGUGAAUUUGGCCCGGAAUCUCAUAUAUUUUGGCUUCUAUAACUUCAGCGAUCUGUUAAGGCUGACCAAGGUCCUAUUGGCCAUUUUGGACUGUGUGCAUGUCAACACCAUCUUUCCCAUUAACAAGAUGGCAAAGGGAGAUGAGACCAAAGGUAGUAAUGUCAUGAGGUCUAUCCAUGGGGUGGGUGAGCUGAUGACUCAGGUGGUCCUUAGAGGCGGGGGUUUCCUCCCCACGACUCCUGUGAACCCCCCUGAUGGGGAUGUUGCAAAGACUCAGACCGAGCCAGAGAAAGAGGACAUCCUGGUGAUGGACACAAAGCUGAAGAUCAUCGAGAUCCUGCAGUUCAUCCUGAACGUGCGGUUGGACUACAGGAUCUCCUGCCUGCUCUGCAUCUUCAAGCGUGAGUUUGACGAGAGUAACUCCCAGUCUGACCUGUCGGCAGGGGGCAGCCAGGAAGGACCCAACAACAUGCCUGGAGCGCUGGAUUUUGAACACAUAGAGGAGCAGGCAGAGGGGAUUUUCGGUGGAAGUGAGGAAAACACACCGCUGGAUUUGGAUGACCAGGGCGGGAGAACAUUCUUGAGGGUCCUGCUCCACCUGACGAUGCACGACUACCCUCCCCUGGUGUCAGGCGCUCUCCACUUACUCUUCAGGCACUUCAGCCAGAGACAGGAGGUGCUGCAGGCCUUCAAGCAGGUCCAACUCUUGGUGACGAGCCAGGAUGUGGAAAACUACAAUCAGAUCAAGGAUGACCUGGAAUGGCUGCGCUCCAUUGUGGAGAAGUCAGAGCUGUGGGUGUACAAACGGCAGGGUCCGGACGAGGGGAUGGACACCGGAGAUGGUCCAGCAGCAGAGUCGGAACACACAAAGAAGGGAGAUUCAAACUCGAGGGGUUCAGACAAGCAGAAAAAGCCAGAAAGCACCAGCAGCUCCAAUUACAGAGCAUUGAAGGAGAUUCUGCUACGUCUCAGUAAGUUGUGUGUCCAAGAGGGCUCAUCAGGCCGCAAGAGCAAGAAGCAGCACCAGAGACUGCUGAGGAACAUGGGGGCCCAUGCCGUGGUGCUGGAACUGCUGCAGAUACCCUAUGAGAAGGGAGAGGAUGUCCGUAUGCAGGAGAUCAUGAAACUGGCCCACCAGUUCCUCCAGAACUUCUGUGCUGGAAACCAGCAGAACCAGGCAUUGCUCCACAAGCAUGUCAGCCUCUUCCUCAACCCUGGGAUUCUGGAGGCCAUCACCAUGCAGCAUAUCUUCAUGAACAACUUCCAGCUCUGCAGUGAGAUCAACGAGCGCGUGGUGCAGCACUUUGUGCAUUGUAUCGAGACGCACGGCCGCAAUGUGCAGUACCUGAAGUUCCUCCAGACCAUUGUCAAAGCUGAGGGCAAGUUCAUCAAGAAGUGCCAGGACAUUGUGAUGGCUGAGCUGGUAAACGCAGGCGAGGAUGUGCUGGUCUUCUACAACGACCGCGCCUCCUUCCAGACGCUGGUGCAGAUGAUGCGGUCGGAGCGUGACCGCAUGGACGAGAACAGCCCUCUCAUGUACCACAUCCACCUGGUGGAGCUGCUGGCCGUCUGCACCGAGGGCAAGAACGUCUACACCGAGAUCAAGUGCAACUCCCUGCUGCCGCUGGAUGACAUCGUGCGGGUGGUGACUCACGAGGACUGCAUUCCCGAGGUGAAGAUCUCGUAUAUAAACUUCCUGAAUCACUGUUAUGUGGACACAGAGGUGGAGAUGAAGGAGAUCUAUACUAGUAACCACAUGUGGAAGCUCUUUGAGAACUUCCUGGUUGAUAUCUGCAGGGUGUGCAACAACACCAGUGACAGGAAGCAUGCAGACACCGUCCUGGAGCGCUACGUGACGGAGACGAUCAUGAGCAUUGUCACCACCUUCUUCAGCUCUCCUUUCUCUGACCAGAGCACCAGCCUGCAGGCAUCCAUUUUGGGCAGUAUUAUAGAGACUCGGCAGCCAGUGUUCGUUCAGCUCCUGCAGGGCGUGUUCAGGGUGUAUCACUGUACUUGGCUGGUUCCUGUGCAGAAGGGUCAUGUUGAGAGCUGCAUAAAGGUUCUGUCUGACGUGGCUAAAAGCCGAGCCAUAGCAAUACCUGUGGACCUGGACAGCCAGGUGAACAGCCUCUUUGUCAAGUCCAACAACAUUGUGCAGAAGACUGCCAUGAGCUGGCGGCUGUCUGCUCGUAAUGCAGCGAGGAGAGACUCUGUGCUGACCGCCUCACGAGACUACAGGAACAUCAUCGAGAGGCUGCAGGACAUAGUGUCCUCUCUGGAAGAGCGGCUCCGGCCCCUGGUCCAAGCUGAGCUCUCGGUCCUGGUGGACGUGCUGCACCGUCCGGAGCUCCUCUUCCCAGAGAACACCGAUUCCCGCAGGAAGUGUGAGAGCGGCGGCUUCAUCUGCAAGCUCAUCAAACACACCAAGCAGCUCCUGGAGGAGAACGAGGAGCGGCUAUGCAUCAAGGUGCUGCAGACGCUGCGCGAGAUGAUGACCAAAGACCGCGGCUAUGGGGAGAAGGAGCUCGAUCAAAACCAGCCCCAGAAGCAGUUGGAGGAUCAGAAAAGGGGUGAAGCACUCAGGCAGAUUCUGGUGAACCGUUACUAUGGCAACUUCCGGCCCGGGGGGAGGAGAGACAGCCUGACCAGUUUCAGCAAUGGCCCCCUCGCUGCAGUCGGGCCGGGCAAGACCCCAGCAGGUUGCGGAGGGGGGCCUGCGGCCCUGAGUCGGGGGGAGAUGAGCCUGAUGGAGGUGCAGUGUCAUCUGGACAAGGAGGGUGCAUCCGACCUGGUCAUCGACCUCAUCAUGAAUACCACCAGCGACCGCGUAUUCCAGGAGAGCAUUUUAUUGGCCAUCGCCCUGCUGGAAGGCGGGAACACCACCAUACAGCAUUCUUUCUUCUGCCGUCUGACGGAUGACAAGAAAUCGGAAACGUUUUUCAAGGUGUUCUAUGAUCGGAUGAAGCUGGCCCAGCAGGAAAUCAAAGCUACAGUGACUGUCAAUACCAGUGACCUCGGGAACAAGAAGAAGGAUGAUGACGCCUUGGAUCGGGAAGUGCCCGUACGGAAGAAAGGAAAGGAUGCGUCCGUUGUGGUGACCGAAGAAGUCCGGGAGCAGCUGCUGGAGGCUUCGUCUGCCACCAAGAAGGCCUACAACCUGUACCGGCGCGAGGCCGAGGCCGAGGAACACUUCGCCACGGCCGACGGGCAGCCCAGCGCGGGCGAGAAGAGCCAGGACGACGGGGAGAUGAGCGUGGUCAUCGCCAUCAUGAAGCCCAUCCUGCGCUUCCUGCAGCUGCUGUGUGAAAACCACAACCGUGAUCUGCAGAACUUCCUGCGAUGUCAGAACAACAAGAACAACUACAACCUGGUGUGCGAGACUCUGCAGUUCCUGGACUGCAUCUGCGGCAGCACCACAGGGGGUCUGGGCCUUCUGGGGCUCUACAUCAACGAGAAGAACGUGGCGCUCAUCAACCAGACUGUGGAGAGCCUCACCGAAUACUGCCAGGGCCCCUGCCACGAGAACCAGAACUGCAUUGCUACUCAUGAAUCGAAUGGUAUCGACAUCAUCAUUGCUCUGAUCCUCAAUGACAUCAAUCCCCUAGGAAAGAAGAGGAUAGACCUGGUGCUGGAGCUCAAAAACAAUGCUUCGAAGUUGCUGCUUGCCAUCAUGGAGAGCCGCCAUGACAGUGAAAAUGCAGAAAGAAUUCUCUACAACAUGAGACCCAAGGAACUGGUGGAUGUGAUCAAGAAAGCCUACCUGCAGGGGGAGGUAGAGUUCGAGGAGGACCCAGAGGAGGAGGAGGAGAAUGGGGAGGACCAUGCAGCCUCACCCAGAAAUGUCGGCCACAACAUCUACAUCCUUGCCCACCAGCUGGCCAGGCAUAACAAGGAGCUGCAGGCCAUGCUGAAACCAGGAGGCACCAAUGGAGAGGGGGAUGAGGCCCUAGAGUUCUAUGCCAAGCACACGGCCCAGAUCGAGAUUGUGCGGCAGGAUCGUACCAUGGAGGAGAUCGUCUUCCCCGUGCCCAAUAUCUGCGAGUUCCUCACCUGCGAGUCCAAACUGCGUGUGUAUUACACCACCGAGCGUGAUGAACAGGGCAGCAAGAUCAACGACUUCUUCCUGCGUGCUGAGGACCUCUUCAACGAGAUGAACUGGCAGAAGAAGUUACGAGCCCAACCCGUCCUGUACUGGUGCUCCCGCAACAUGUCCUUCUGGAGCAACAUCUCCUUCAACUUGGCCGUGCUCAUGAAUCUGCUGGUGGCUUUCUUCAACCCCCUGGAGGGGGUUCAUGGAGGGACUCUGGAGCCCCACCUGUCCGCGCUGCUGUGGUUGGGCAUGCUGGUGUCACUGGCCAUCGUCAUCGCCCUGCCUCAGCCUCACGGCAUCCGGGCCCUCAUAGCCUCCACCAUCCUCCGCCUCAUCUUCUCUGUGGGCCUGGAGCCCACACUCUUCCUGCUCGGGGCUUUUAACGUCUGCAAUAAGAUCAUCUUCCUGAUGAGUUUUGUCGGAAACCGAGGGACGUUCACCCGAGGCUACAAGGCCAUGAUCCUGGACAUGGAGUUCCUCUAUCAUCUGCUGUACCUGAUCAUCUGCAGCCUGGGUGUGUUUGUCCAUGUCUUCUUCUACAGUCUACUGCUCUUUGACCUUGUCUACAGAGAAGAGACGCUACUGAACGUGAUAAAGAGUGUAACGCGUAAUGGUCGCUCGAUCGUCCUGACUGCAGUGCUGGCUCUCAUCCUGGUCUACCUCUUCUCCAUCGUUGGAUACAUCUUCUUCAAGGACGACUUCAUCCUGGAGGUGGACAGGAUACCCAAUUCAACAAUAGAGGAGGGAGCGAGCAUGGCAAGCCAGUUCAUACCCGCGGACGUGUGCGGGACGGACUCCGGAGAAAACUGUUCUACAGAGGUCGUCACGGAGGCCCUCACCACGAAGAUUUCGGAAGAUGUCAAAGAGGAUAAGGAGCGCACCUGUGACUCCCUGCUCAUGUGCAUCGUCACCGUCCUGAGCCACGGGCUGCGGAGCGGGGGAGGGGUCGGAGACGUCCUGCGCAGGCCGUCCAAAGAGGAGCCUCUGUUUGCUGCCCGGGUGAUCUACGACCUCUUGUUCUUCUUCAUGGUCAUCAUCAUCGUCCUCAACCUGAUCUUUGGAGUCAUCAUCGACACCUUCGCCGAUCUGAGGAGCGAGAAGCAGAAGAAGGAGGAAGUGCUCAAGACGACCUGCUUCAUCUGUGGGCUUGAGAGAGACAAGUUUGAUAACAAGACGGUGACUUUCGAAGAGCACAUCAAGGAGGAACACAACAUGUGGCACUAUCUGUACUUCAUCGUGUUGGUAAAGGUGAAGGACUCCACGGAAUACACCGGGCCUGAGAGCUACGUGGCUGAGAUGAUCAAGGAGCACAACCUGGACUGGUUUCCGCGCAUGAGGGCCAUGUCUCUGGUCAGCAGCGACGCUGAGGGCGAGCAGAACGAGAUCCGUAGCCUGCAGGAGAAGCUGGAGUCCACCAUGAAGCUGGUGUCCAACCUCUCCGGCCAGCUCACCGAGCUCAAGGAGCAGAUGACUGAGCAGAGGAAGCAGAAGCAGCGCAUUGGACUCCUGGGCCACCCCCCCCACAUGAACGUCAACCCCCAGCAGCCUGCAUGAUGGCCCAGCGCUGGGGAACAGGGCCAGAGCAGACUGGCUGCUCCAAACACACUGCGAGCACUCUGCUACAGACCAGCAGAAAAUCAUUAGUGAAGGUUAAGGGGGGCCAUUGAGGAACCAGUAUCCUUCCGCCUUACCACUGUUCAUAUAUCAAAGGUGAAUUCCAAAGUUCUGUCCUUCAGUAGGCAAACGCAGCAGGGCUAUACAGGUCUGCCAGGGAACGUGCCCGGGCCUGGGCAACAGACCUGUCGAAAGAUGGCUUUUUUUUGUUUUAUUUAAGACCGGUAGAGCAAAGCAGUAUUUAUAGUUUUGUUUUUGUAUGAUGUGCAAUAUGAACACUAUAAUAUGCAACCACCAUGAUGUGUACCAUGUAAGUUGUCUCAAAGGGAUGCUAUUUGGAAGGUUGUUUUGCUGUUUAUCUGCAGAGAGAUUAAAAGAACACGUCUUUCACUCUGAGAGCCGUGGGUUGAAGCUACUCACGUCUAGAAUAGCAGGUCGAAGAUGCCAUUUCGAGGAUGAGCCUUCCUGUUUUUAUUGGUUUUAUUUCUUUCUGAGUGAUUCUAAAUCUAUAUGCUCACACAAGUGCUUAGUAUAAUUGUAUAUUGUCUGGAAGCAAUAUCUAUAGUCUUAUCCUGAAAAUGGUCAAUUUUAUCUCACACAAACAUUUUUGUAAUUUAUAUUUAUAUGGUUUGGAAACUCUUCUUGACAUCCUUGCAUGUCCUCGUUUGUGGCAGGCUAAUACGGUGUCAGAUGAGAAUGGCGCAGGGUGUGAUGUGAUCGUUUAAUCUUAACUGUGAGUUUUCUGGUUAGAAUCUGAUUGGGUUUUCAGACUUAGAUUCUGUGGAUGGGAGAUCUUUCUUCUGACACCUUAUAGGCCUACCUGUCAUUCAUUCCUGUCUCUUUAAGACUCGUAGGCCAGCACUGACUUACUACCUGUGAAAAAGCCACUUUUUUGUCUACUUUUAUUUCUUUUUAAUUGCGUUUGAUUUUUCUUUACAUUGAAUCAUUCAACACUGACAAAUUUUGUGUUCUCACAGCUGGGGAUUCAGAAGAGAUGACUUCCUUUAAAAAAAAAAAAAAAGUGUAUAUGUUUUUUUAAAGAAAUUGUAUAGUGGGCCUCCAUUUUCAAACCAAUGUCAUGGGAUUUGAUAGCAGUGUUACUGAAAGAAAUAAUCUUCACAGAGUACUAAUAUAAAACAUUGGUGUACUGUUUGAAUUGUACAUUCAUUUAAAUAUAUUUAAUAAAGUAUAUAAGUAAUUCACCUUCA